AUGAGAGUCGUUCUGGUGAGCUUUUUAAGAGGAUGGGAGUUUUGGAGAGGAGAGGCCAGGAGGCUGGGAAUUGACCUGGCCAAACUCGCCAACGAGCGCAAAUUUGCGUUCGUGGAUGGACUUACUGGGCUUUUCUCUCAUGAAGUCGCGCAUCCUACAUCGACACCGAUAGCACUUCAUGGCAGGCCUCCGGCUCCUCACGCCUCUCGAUUCGUUGCCGCGGCUCGGGCUCCUCCAGCUAGUCGCCCUGCUCCCGUCCACCAAAAAUCCAGUGGACCAACGACACUUCAUUGGUCAAUGGCCGGGAAACUUGAAGCCAUAGAGAGAGAUAUCAUCUCGGCUAUUGAGAGCCUAAAGAGCCAUGCCGGUGAAGAUGAUCGGGUUUCAUCAACAGAGGACGUGCUCCUUGUUAUAGACCAGCCAGAUAUGCUUCUAGCUGCGACGGGACCUGAAGCUGGAAUCGGCGCGGUAGAGGUAAAGGAUAUGAUUAUGGGUUUACGACAGUUGUUCCAGCACGUACACUCUACACUCCUAACACUGGCAGCUGAUGCGCCUCUCAUUCAUUCCGAGGAACAGAGAACGCCUCUGGAACUGGAACACGCGAGUCUAGUGGUCACCAUGGCGUACCAGGCCCGAAUGGUAAUGCAACUAAGAGGGUUAGAAACAGGUGUUGCUCGAGAUGUCAGCGGCGUGUUGCAGAUCAACAAAGGCGUGUCGUUUGCCAAUACAUCUGAUUCGAAACAUAUGGGAGAGGAUGAUAUAGAACCGAAAGAAGUCUUGUACUAUGUUCAGAGCGAUGGAGCAGUGCGGGUCUUUGGUAGAGGCGAAUAG